AUGGCCGCUGUGAAGGGUGAGAUCUUGGCCAUCAUAUCCAUUCUGUUUAUUGUACUGUCGACAAUUGCAUUAUCUCUCAACACACUUCCUGAUCUUCAAGAAAUCGAUGAGUUUGGACAAUAUAAUGACAACCCUCAACUUGCACAUGUUGAAGCCGUGUGCAUUGCUUGGUUCACCAUGGAGUACUUGUUGCGUUUUCUUUCAUCACCUAAUAAGUGGAAGUUCUUCAAGGGACCCUUAAAUGUUAUUGACCUAUUAGCAAUUUUGCCAUACUAUGUUACCAUCUUCCUCACAGAGUCAAACAGAAGUGUGCUACAGUUUCAAAAUGUGAGGAGAGUGGUUCAGAUAUUUCGUAUCAUGAGGAUAUUAAGGAUUCUUAAACUAGCCAGACACUCAACAGGCCUCCAGUCUUUAGGAUUUACUCUCAGGCGCAGUUACAAUGAACUGGGUUUGCUUAUAUUAUUUUUAGCUAUGGGAAUAAUGAUAUUUUCAAGCUUAGUUUUCUUUGCUGAAAAAGAUGAAGAAGCCACAAAAUUUAGCAGUAUUCCUGCUUCGUUCUGGUGGGCUACCAUUACUAUGACAACAGUAGGGUAUGGUGACAUCUAUCCAAAGACACUCUUGGGAAAGAUUGUUGGAGGGCUAUGUUGUAUAGCCGGUGUAUUAGUAAUAGCAUUGCCUAUACCAAUUAUUGUAAAUAAUUUUUCAGAGUUCUACAAGGAACAGAAGAGGCAGGAAAAAGCAGUUAAGAGGAGGGAAGCACUUGAGAGAGCCAGAAGAAAUGGAAGUAUAGUGUCCAUGAACCUAAAAGAUGCUUUUGCUCGAAGCAUGGAAUUAAUGGAUAUAGUUGUAGAAAAAAGUGGGGAUGGGACAAAAAAAGAGAAAUCCCACACUAACCACCUCUCACCAAAUCGAUGGAAGUGGGCCAAGAGAACUAUCUCUGAGACAAGUUCUAAUAAAUCUUUUGAAAAUAGGUAUCAGGAAGUUAGCCAGCAUAGUUCAAAUGAACGGCUAAACAUCUCUGGCAGUAGCCCUCAGCAUUUAAAUGCACAAAAGUUAGAAGAAAUGUACAAUGACCUGACUAAAGCCCAGGUGCAACCUAACUUCAAUGACAGCUAUCAAGAUCUAUCAGACAAGUCAGCUGCACAGAAAGAAGAGCUAGAAAUGGAAGAAAUCCCUCGUCCAACUGAUCUUUUACUCAGUGCACCAACUGAGGCACGAACAGAAAUGAAAAGCACUUCCAGUAUUGACAGCUUUGCAAGCUGCGCAACUGACUUCACAGAAACAGACAGAUCUCCGUUUUCACUAAGCAACCAACAUCAUCUGAAAUUUCUAUCUGAAUUGCCUCCUAUGCAGUACAGAGGUAUAACUGAUUCACAACCUGUAGCAACACUGAGACAUGGCAAGCUUAAUAUGAGUACAGGUGGUACUUUUGAGUAUGAUGCAGCUGAUAGGAUGUACAAAAACAGCAGAACUCAAUCAGAGCAAGAUUAUUUGCCCUGUGAUGUUGUUACAAAAAGUCCCAAAGGAUCUAUAAAAAGCAACAAUCUUGCAGAAUGCAGGUCACUCAAAGCUGAUUUCACAGAAAGCAAGGACAAUGCCGCACACCCACCACAAAGUACUGUAAGGCCGUUACCAGUGGCAUUCAGUGAAUUGUCUAUAUCUACACCUCAACAUAGCAGCACAGCUCUCAUAGAAGAUAAUUCUCUCCAGGGAGAUAGGACACUCUUAGGCUAUGAUAUAGAAACUGACAAUCAGGAUUCUUCCACACCCUCAUCACAGUUUUCCAAACAACAUUUUUUUGCUUUGAACUCAAGGAAGCAGAAGGGCUAUAUUGAUGGAAGCCAUGAAGCAGGAGAUAGACAAGAGGAAAAUUUAGACUCCUUACAUAAUAAAGCAAUACAGCACAGUUCCCAGCAGGAACAGAUGCAGAACUGUUUUGGAGACAAUUACAGCAACAAUGGAAAUCGUGGAACAGAAGCUAGUGCUAGCCCUUUGCCUCCACCAAAUAUUGGUCACAAUUGCACACAGGUAAUUUCCUCUGACUUGCAGGAGGUUGAAAAAGACAACAGUGGGGGGCACUCAUCUGAAAAUCAUUUAUUUUCUCCUGAAAUGCAUUCAGCAUCUGGAGAAGGUGGAUACUCUCCAACACGUGAAACCAGCAUAUGACUAUAGGAGCAAGCAAUAAAAGAAGUACUUUUUUCCUGGAACUUAGUAGAGAAAGCCUAUCAGGGAAUUUGAAGAGGCACAGAAGAACACAUAGCAGAAAAGAAUGGCUAUUUUUGCAUGGCUUGAAAGGUUAUUUUAAAAUCAAACACUGUUUUCAAAUUAAAAAAAGGAAAAAAAGACUACAAUCUCGUAGAAGAGUGACUUUAGGGCAGUGGGUCAGUAAUACUAUACUCCUUUAGGAGUCGGUGUGCUGUAAAUUAUCAAUUUUUUAAUCAUUUGAAUUAUAAUUGUAAGAUGAUUUUAAUACUUUUGUUAGUAAAUAAACAUGUUUAGGAUUUGCACAAGGAUGGAUACAAUGCAAAGUGCAUGCAAUUCAAGAGACCUGAAUUAUGGUGCUUAGAGCUUAAAGAAUGCAUUUCUCUGUAAAUAGCUGGGGGUGGGAGUGAUUAUGGUAUUUAGCAAAUGGAAAAUACACUAAUACUGGGCACAGGUUCUUCCUUCACAGCAUCAGCCAGGAGGAGUUGUACAGACUCAUGUUGCAAACUUGCAACCCCAUUUAAUGUAUCUCAUAUACCAUCUUUGGGUUUUCAAGCUCAAAAACAUUUACAUUCAAUUUAAAUUCCUCUAAAUAACCUAGUGUAUGUUCUAAUACCUAACAUCAUUAUUAGUUUUCCUACCUUAUUAAAUAUGCAUAUUUAAGAAAUGCAUGAAUAGGCCAGGUUUAACUACCAGAAAUCAGUUGUUUUUUUCACCUUACCGAAUUGCCAAUUAAAUUUAGCAAAAGCCAUGUACUGCACAUUUAUCCAAGUCAACUUAUACAUAUAUACUUCUCUGAUAAUUUGUGUUAUCACAUAUGUCCAGAAAUAGCAUAGAACAUAGAAGAAAGUAAUACAUUUUCUGUAAUGUAGGAAUGGAUGUGACAAUUUAUUUUCCCUAGACCGCUGACAUUGUUAUCUCUGUAAAAUGUCAUGACACAAACACACACUAAACAACACUAAACAACCCAUGCUUGGGAUGUCAACAAAAAUAGCAACAACAGAUUACUUCUGUAUUGCAGUUUAUUCAUUUAUAUUAAAUUAUUUGACAUUUAUUUGUGUAGUGAAGCCUAAAGUGCUUCUUAUCACAUAGCCAUAAUGUACUAGUUUUUGUAUAGAAUAUGGUGUCUGGCCACAAACUACAUAACAUAAAAAAUGUGUUUUCAUUUCAUAAAUAUAAAAUAUCACUAUGUUCAAAUGCAAAAAUUCCUCUCCAUUGAGAGACACAGGUGAUGAAAACUGAGUGAUAUUUAUUCGAAUGUGAAAAUGCUGUUAUUAUAGACUGAAACAUAUGAACAUAAAGUGUCAUUUAACAUUUGCAAAGUAGUGGUUGGUAUUUAUCUCUAAAAAAUGGCAAACUAUUUUUGUAUGUAUAUUUUCAGUACUGGUUGCUAUGUUGUGUACCCUUUGAACUAAUUAUAUUGCACUUUGCUAUUACCCUUUACAUAUUUUGUUACACAGUGCAUAUACUGUGUAUUGUUGCAUUGUCCAUAUGUCAGCUUUGAAAUAUUUUAUGUUACAGUCGUUUGUUUGUUUGCUUAAUCUUCUUAAUUGUUCAGGUUCGGCUCCUUGGCAUACCAAACAAAAUUCCAGUUAGUCUUUAUACACAUUGAAUCACAAUGUGAGAGUUCUCGCUUUAAAAAAUACAACUAUUUUUGCUCUAUCUUUUAUUUCUUAGGUGAUUUCAGUUUAGUAAAAUAUGUAAGCACAGUACAGUAAUCAUCAUCAUCAUUCUCUUUCGGCUUUUCCCGUUAGGGGUCGCCACAGCGGAUCAUCUCUUUCCAUUUCU